UCGCUCCGUCCAGGCCGACGCGUAUCGCCCUUCGCUCCUCCUUCUCUCGAGAAUUCGCGCGCCCCACCAACCACCCACCCCCGAAUUUUCCCAGAAAAAACUUUCGGAAGAAUCCACGCAAAACGCGGUAUAAAACUGUAAUCAAGUCUGUAAAUUACCUGUUCGAUUUCCGGUGAAAUACUCACAAGAAACUCAGCGCGCCUUCACGUCAGUGGUUAUGCAAUUUAAGAUACUUCACUUAACAUAUCCGUACAUCCUACCUUAAAACAGUGUCAAUUAACUGCUUUUGACAGGGGGAAAACUUGCAUUAAAGUUUGUAGCCAUCUUGUUCGAUUCCCAGUGAGAUACUUUCAAGAAACUCAGUGCGCCCUCACGUCUAGUGUUUACCCAAUCUGAGAUACUUCCCUCACUAUAUGCGGAUAUCCCUACUGAAAGAAUUCAAUUAACUGCAUUUGAAAGAAAGAAAAAAAACUUUAUUAAUAUCGGUACCGAUCUUGCUCUGUUCAUCUAGGAUACGUCCAAGAAACUCAUUCCGCUAACUUGUUAGUGGUCAUUAAAUUUGAGACUUUUCCCUUAAUAUAUACGGAUAUCCCUACUAGCAAAAGUUCAAUUAAUUUUAUUUAAAAGGGGGAAGCUGUUUAUAACCCUAUAGAUAUCUUGUUGGAGUUGGAGUGGGACACGUGCAAAAGAACUCAGUGCGCCUUCACUUCAAAAAGUCUGCAAAUCCAGCUACUUUCAUUAAUUUACAUUCAUCUUCGCUAUGAAAGGAAUGUCAAAUAACUACAGUUGAACAGAAAAGAACUUUAUCGAAGUCCUAUUUAAUUUCUACCUGUGCAAUCGCCAGUGAAAUAUAUACAAGAAACUUCAAACGAAACAGCGCGCCUAUACGUAGAUGGUUGAGCAAUUCAAGCGACUCGUACGUUGAAAGAAGUCAAGUUUAAAACUAAUGAUUGUUCCGGUUAAAAAGUCGUAAUUUGAAGAAAAAAGAGAAACAUCUUGACGAAACCUUUUCGAACCCGCUUGAGUUUGGUACAGUGAGAUCGCAGUCCAAAUACGAGCAAGGUAGUCAGUGCCCCUUCAUUUUAAUGGUUGGGCAAUUUGAGCUACUCGGAUACCGAGACUGUUUUAUCAUGAAUAAUUAGAAUAUACACACAGUGAGUUACAGCGGCGCUGCAAAUAUAUUUUCUUAACCCCUUUUGAACGAUCGCGCACACCAAGUUGGUCGACGGUUUGACGGGUUCACAGCGACUCGAGGACUGAAAUUGGACCCUUUAGCAUCGAGCUUCAGGUUAGAUGCAUCGCCAAGUCUUAUGAGUGAAUGAUUUUACAAAUGUCAGAAAAAAUACAGGCUGCCUUGGAAGCAUCUAUGUUAAGCCACGUGUGCGAGAGUAAUGCUACGGGCGUCAUAAACUGAAUUCGACUUGAAACUGUUUUCAACCGGUCUGUGUGUUCUUAUUCUCCUUCAAAACGGGUGGAAUUAAAAAAUCGGUCUAUCUCUCUGAAAAUUUGUACCAUACUAUAUAAAGACAUUGAAGCACCUUACUAGAGGAUAUUUCGGCUCAAGACGCUCUAUGAAUUUCCGAUUGCUUUUUAUGGUUUGAGUUGGACUGGCGGUUUGACUGUCCCAUCGGCUGGCUCUGUUCCUCUCUCUGGCCAUGCAGGAACUUGGCGGGAGGAUCCGGGAAUCUGAGCAGGGAAGGAGCUCUCGGGUGGCGGAUUUGCAUCGCAUUCCUCAUUUUUGAAGUUGCUCGGGCAAAGGCGCGGCGCGGCGGACGGAAUCGUGGAGGAAUUCGCAGUGAGCGCCUGACAAGGGAACGCGAGUGGCCAUGGCUGCGAGAGGCCUUUGAGUCGCCUUGAGUCCGGGCAGCGCUCUAUUUGCCGAGGAAAUGUCCCUGGGUGCUUUCCGGUGAAUUCGCGUCGCGGGUGUGAGUCCCUGGCUCCGAUUUCCUAGUCCAAAAUGAACACCGUCCAGAGCUCCCACGGCAGCGGCGGCGGCGGCCUCAAAAAGGAGCAAGGCCUUGAGGAGCUGAUAACGGUGACGCCGAACGAGCGGAACUGGCGGGGGAUCUGCAUCGCCCUCUUGGUCAUCGUCGCCGUCCUCGGGUUGAUCCUCCUCUUCAUCGUCCUCCUCUCGCCCCCGUUCGCCGGGCACGGGAGCAAAGGCGCCAAGUUCGCCCUCGAGCACAUCGCCCAAGCCCACUUCAAGGCCCCGCCCCUCAACGGCUCCUGGGUCUCAGACUCCGAGUACGUGUACAGAGACCAUGACGGCGGGCUCACCCUGUACAAUGCAGCCACUGAUACCAAGAAAGUGCUUAUGACCAACUCAACUUUCAGGCAGUUAAACGCUGCGGAAUUUUAUGUAUCCAGUGAUAUUAAAUACGUCCUUCUCGUAUCUGACGCUAAGCAGGUGUACACGAACACGAGGACUGCCAAAUACCACGUUUACGAAAUCGCUACUCAGAGCCGGACGGGUCUGACGCCAGCGAUUUCCUCGACGGAAGACUCGGAUGCGGUGCGUUUGGAGCUGGUCCAGUGGUCGCCGCGCGGGAACGCCUUGGUCUUCGUCUACAAGCACGACAUCUACUACGCCCCCAGGGCACGCCGCUCCCCGCCGGGAGCCCCCCUCCUUCGGCUAACCUCCAACGGCUCCCCCACCAUCCGCAACGGCAUUCCCGACUGGAUGUAUCAAGAGGAGAUUUUCAAGAGCGGGAGCGGAGUGUGGUUCUCGCCGGACGGGCGGUAUCUGGCGUACGCGAGUUUUAAUGACUCCCUCGUCGGCGAGCUUAAAUACCCCAUCUACGGAAUGAGAACCCAGUACCCUCACAUAGAAAUAUUGAGGUACCCCAAGGCUGGUACCAUAAAUCCUACUGCAACAGUAUGGCUUGUUGAUUUGUCAUCCCGAGAUUCUGCUCACGUCAGGUUCAAAAAACCCACCAUACUCGAAAAUGAUCCUCAAGAGCCGUAUUUGAUCAAUGUCGCUUGGUCAUCCAACAACAAAUUAGCUAUAGUAUGGCUGAGCAGGAGACAGAAUCUCUCAGUCGUACAAAUAUGUUCAGUGAAUACUGCCUCUUGCGAAGAUUCUCACACGCAGAGAUCGGAAGAAGGAUGGCUGGAACCUCACGGCUCGAUCAUAUUUUCGCCCGAUGGAACAGGUUUCAUGACACUGCUGCCCGUUCUAGAUGGGAGUGCCGGUUAUUUUACUCACGUCUGCCAUGUAAAUAUUAGUACGCAGGUGGUCACUUCAGUAACUCAUGCUCAAUUCGUAGUCACUAAACUUUUAUCAUGGGACCAUGAAAACAAACUUGUGUAUUUUGAAGCUGCUCCAUAUGGUAGGCCAGGAGAAAGGCAUAUCUACAAAGUACCAGAUAACACGAGCAGUACCUCUUACCCUGUCAUUAUGUGUCUUACUUGUCCGGCCUCCGAGAUGAACAGUACCUCCACUUCAUCAACAACUCCAAAUCAAGCGUCCAAUGAAACUGAACCAAAAUUAGAUCUUCUGGAGACGAGCAUCUGGAGAGACGACCUAGUUUCUGGCUCUUUGAAGUUCGACAAAAGGAAAACAGAAACAAACACAUCUAUCCCAACUCAGAAAACAAACCCAUGUCUUUUCAACAGAGCUCAUUUUAGUCCAAACUCAAAGUAUUAUAUUUUAGAAUGUCUAGGUCCAGGUGUACCAGUUGUUGUGCUCAUGGAUUCCAUUCGAAAUGCAAGACUGAUUAGCCUUAAUAAUAAUAGCGCUAUUGCCGACCGUUAUGCUAAAAUGGCCAUUCCCCAGAUUAAGAUGUUUCAGGUUGAAUUAGAAAGUGGUUUUCAUGCUCAAGUAAAAUUACUACUACCCCCAGGUCUAAAAGAAUACGAAGAAAUGACUUUUCCACUUGUUUUACAUGUAGGAGGUCAACCCGGUGACCAGUUUGUAAACGAGCGCUGGGAAGUCGAUUGGGACACAUAUUUGGCAAGCAAAAGAAAUUUUAUUGUAGCUCGGAUAGAUGGAAGAGGCGCAGGAUUUCAAGGUAGUCAAAUGACGCAACAAAUUUAUCGCAGAGUUGGAUCUGUAGAUGUAGAAGAUCAGCUAGCAGUUAUAACGUAUUUAAAGGACAAUUUGAAAUUCAUCGACAGGAAUCGUAUCAGCGUAUGGGGCAAAGGGUAUGGCGGAUUCUUAGCAACAAUGAUUUUAGCCCACGAAGGUAGCGUUUUCAAAUCUGGCAUAGCUAUUGCUCCAAUUGCUAAUUUUGCCCAUUAUCAAUCUUUCUGGACAGAAAGAAUCAUGGGAACUCCCAAUGUGACUGACAACUACAGAGGAUACGAAGAAUCUGAUUUGACGAGAAAGAUCGGAACUCUAGGUGAAAAACGACUGUUGAUAAUCCAUGGAUCAGCAGACCAGAGUGUGUCCUACGAGCAGUCCAUGUUACUUUCCAGAGCACUAACAAAUGAAGAUAUUCUUUUUGAUCAAAUGACGUAUCCAGACGAAGGCAAUUCCCUCUCUGGUGUUCAACUGCAUAUGUUGCGAUCAAUGGAAGCAUUCUUAGACGAAUGCUUUGGACCCAUGAACCUGGAGGAAUGGGAAGAGGGAAUUGGAUUUUUAUCUUUUGCUCAAUAGCAGUUAGAGGUUAGCAUGGAUUGUUGCUUGACUGGUAGUGCUGAUGGAGUAUGUGAAUGCUGAAGAAAGGCUUGAUUCUGAUUCUAUUUUGCUGACAUUCGAGUAUUUUAAUUUAGAAGAAUUACUGCAGCCUUUUUCAUUUUAUUUUAUGCCUGCAGCUCUAUUGUGACGAUUCAUGCUAACGUGAAUAGGUAAUUACAACUUGUACAUGAAAAGAAAUUUUUCUGUAAAUUUUGCUCUAGUAGGUAGUUUUAAGUUACAAAGACUGUUCGGAGAAAGCAAAUACUUAGUCAUAUUUCUCUGAGUAUUUAAGAUGAGUAAUUAAGUGUUGAUAUAUGUGUUAUAAGAGUUAUUUUUUAUACUUACAUGUAACAAAGCUUCACUUUUGAGUCGAAUAUUUAAUGUGAUAAAAAUUGUUGAAUGUUAUGUUAUUGUUUUAUAAUUGAUAUUUAAAUAUAAAUGUUCUCAACAAAU